AUGGUAGAUGCCCAGAAUAAUAAUGCAGAAUCACAGACGAGAUCUGAGUUUUCGUGCAGUGAGGCCUCUAUAUCUAUCCAUCAUGAGAUCUUUGAACUGACUAAGUUCAAAGUGGCGAGUUCAGCUACUGCACAGAUGAUACAGGUAACGCUGUAUCUGAUUCUACAUACCGUGUACGGACUGACUCAAUCUUUAGGACCAUCGCCAUCAUUUGCAAAUGCAUCUAAUAGAACUUCUUCUAUUACAAAUCAAUCAGAUACAUUGACCGCGACAAAGGAUGUCAUCGGCUCAUCUACUAUGUCGAAUCCAUCAAAUCUUGAUGUAGUUAAGCAGAUUAAACGUAUAAAUGUAGAUGGAUCCUAUACUCUAGGAUAUGAAGCUGAAGAUGGUUCAUUUAAAAUUGAAAGUAGAGAUGUUCUUGGUAAUGUAAAAGGGACAUUUGGAUUUAAAGAUGAUGAGGGAGAAAUCAAACGAAUAUCCUAUUCGGCAAUUAAUCAAACUGCGACAAAAAAUUCUGGUAAACCAGUCGAGUCAAGUUCAAGUUCUUUAUUACCAAGUAGUAUGAAACCAUAUACUACGUCCAUUUAUUCACAAAUUAACACAACACCUUUAACGACAAAAGAAACUGUUAUACAAUCGAUUCCUAGGAGAAGAACAGAAAAUGCUUUGGGGAGUGAAAGUACCGUCAUCAGUUAUGAUAGUUCGAAUUUGGCACACAAUGUUUAUCCUGCUUCUAAGCAGUUUAAAAAUAUUAAUAUAGUUUUACCAGUCACAACUGCAAACCCUAGGCCUGCUGUUAUAAUAAAACCUGCAAUAGACAAAAAUGUAAAAAAAUCAAUUAUAGAAGGACAAGUGGAUAGUCCAAGUGAUGCUGAAAAUAAAACAAAUAAUAUCCCAUUACUGCGACAACCGAGUCAUCAAGUAUCUUUUAGAAACUUUAAUGACAAUGUAAAACUUGACAGAAAAAGCAAUUUGCACAGAAAAUAUAAUGAAAGUACUGGUGUGCAUUAUGAAGCGCAGGAGCAGAUUAUCAAUUACGACAAAUUAUCGGGUGAUGAUGCAGCUCAUGUCUACGGAGGCAGUUUUUCUACGGGUAAUCCACAUUUAAUGAUUAGUACAACAGCUUCUCCUCGUGAUAAUGUAUUUUCAGCAUUAUCAGCUAGAAACAGGCAUUCAAAUUAUGUACCAUUAAAAACUGUACCUCAAACUAUCGAAUAUGUUCAAAAGACGCAGGAAUUUCCGAACAAGGUAGUUAUCAAGUUUCCCGAUAUAGAGCAUUCAAAAACGUCAACUGAAAAUCCACUUCAGUUUCCUACAAGUCACUCUCAAUAUAAAAACUUGCGCAACUAUGACCAUUACAAUUCACGUGGUAGAGUAGAACAUAAUCAUAAUCUUAGAAGAGCACAAAUCUUACGAGAGCGUUCCAUUGUACCAUUAACUAAAAAUGCACAGAGAUCAGAAUACCAUACUACUUUAGAACAGGUACACGAUGAAGAAAGUCGAUAUAUACAUGAAAGCAGUUCUUCUAAUCAAAUACCGUCAUCUAAAGAUGAACACCAAACAGAACAUCAUCCAGGUGCUAUUUUGCACAACUCAGUUAAAAAUCCAAAUAUCAGACUUUCGUACAUUAGCAAUUCUUACACGCCUCAUCAAGAUUUUAAACCGUAUCAGUCUAAUUAUGUACCGAUUUUACCUUUCGCCGAUUACAACCAAUAUUCUGGUGAAAAUUAUAAUAUGAUUGGAUUGCCUUUGACUACUAGAGAUUUUCAAAUAUUGCUUCAGCAAAUUAUACGUAAACAUAGACAUGGACAAAAUUAUAAUCUUCAUAAUUCUAAUCCCGGAUUUUCAGAAUUUGACGAGCAUCAAGUAUCUCAUUAUAAAAGAGUGAACAGUCCCAUGAUAUUUAGUGCCCAACAGAACAUCCCGUAUUCGAUGUACAGACAAGCGCCAAUACAUCGGCAAAAAUUAGAACACAGAGAAUAUGAACCUUUAUUAUCAGAAAGUUCUUUCAAUCACAAAUUUUCACCUAGAAGAGAUUUGCCAUACGAAAUGGGUAUAUCAUUGCGUCCAAAUCCUCAAGAACGUUUAGAUCAGUCGAACGUAUACUUACCUGCAGAAGUAAGGGAAGCUUUACUUUUGAGAAUGCUUAUGUUAGCAUUGACUCCAGACGGGUAUAUUGCAUCAUCCAGUAUCAACGACAAAACAACAAUAUCGCCUUCAUUCAUGAAGAAAAAACCUGUAAGAAGUGUACAAAUAUUGGGCGAGGAAUCACGACCGCACACAAAAAGAUAUGAAGGCGAAAUGCAAUAUGAGCAUCCUGCUAAUUUUUAA